UGGAAAUCAAUGAAACUAUAUUGAAAAACGUAUUCCAUGAACAGAAGUUCACUUGCAACCUAUACUUGCAACAUUGAAAGUUACUCAGUUGCUUUACUAUAGUUGCUUGUUUAAAACGCAAACAAAAAGAAUGUGGCACCUACAAUCUUACUUCUUCAACUUCUUCAACCGCCGUCUGGUUAGCUCAGUUGGUAAAGCGCCAGACUGCUGUGCGGGAGUUCGAGGGUUCGAGCCCCAGACGGGACUAACACUCAGGGUCUUAAGAUAAUUGAGAAGAAUAUGCUGCCUUUUUUGUAAUUAUAUCUGCAAAUGUUUAGACGUUCAAGUCUUCUCGGAUAAGGGCUAUAAAUUGUAGGCCCCGUCUCCUGCAUCUUCACUGUUACAUGGUUAGUAGGGGACAUUAAAGGAUCCACACCUCAAGAAAAAUUGCUAUGUCGUCCUUUCUCGUUUGCCUCAAUGCUUAAUUUUUUCACUGUAAGUCAAAUACGCAUAGGGUUAGACAGCAAACACACUAUAAAGCUAGGGGUUAAGUCAUUCUAAAGAAGAUGAUUACUAAUAAGGCUUGGACAUUAUUUCAGGGUCGACAUUUCAGCACUGGCCAUCACAUACUGGGCAACCUGUCUUCCACUUUAGAUGCUAAAUACGCUCAAAUGACUUAUGGCGAGCACUACAGAAAGAAAGUUGAAGCUGCUUUGGAACUUGAACGCCGGCGUUGUGCUGACCUUUUGGCCGAGCAGAAGAAAAAGGCCUCGGCGCAAAAAGUCUUAACACCACUAAAGAAGUCACCAGUCUCCCCACAAAGAAGACCUCGGCCUCGAUAUGAUCUGAACGAGCUACGUCAUCAUCAGAGGAGAUGCGCAGCCUUGCUGUUCGGGGCACGGGAACGAGGCGCGCACAAACUUCCAGUUUUGGUACAAUGGGCUCCCAAGCGGCGAGAAAGUUACUAUCUAAUGAGCGAACGAGUGUACAAUGAUCGUGUAUUGAUGAAGAUGAGAGCAGAUGCAGGGGACAGCCCUCUGAACUUUGACUUCUCUAACACAGAUGGCGACACGGACGAUCUCCAUGAGUUCCAGAAAUUCGUUAACAAAACUUCCAAAGACAUCAAACAGCUGAGUUUCGAUACCAAAUAUAAAGAUUACACUUACGACUUUGGGGAAGACGAAGGAAAACACGCUCAAGAAGAAGGCAAAAGAACAACUGAAGGUUAUCAGACUACCGACAGCAAUAAAGGGCGGCGAAAAGUAGUGUUUAGUGAUCAUGUGACGGAAUCAGACACCGACGCCAUUGACGCCAAGUCUCUCGCGCGCACAAAGCGAAGGCAGAAGGGACGAUUGAUCGAGGGACUGGAUCCAAACGAUAUCGACUUGAGUUUUGAUUCUGGAGACGAAAUCCCGGAUGGAGAGCAUCAGACCGCGAGCGAAAGAAGGCCUGGUUCAGAGAAAUCCAAAAAGAGACAUUCAAAAGGUUCACGUAAAGGGUUGUCCAGCACUGAUUUGUUGUCUCUUCUACAAGGAACUGACGAAUAUAGCAGUGAUUUUACUUCUGAAGACGAUUCAGAUGCAAAACAGCCUGGUGACGAGAAUAGCCAAGGAUUGCCGUCUGGGCUUGGGCAAGAGUAUUUACAGUCGCAAAGAGAUGAGAAGAAGUUACACAGAAACAAAUACUGCAAACAUUCACUCAAACAGAAAACACAGGAAUACUACAAUAAACUUCCUAAAUUACUCAAAACAGCCGAGCUUAGGGCUAAGCUACCUUCAAAAUCUCGAGAAACACACCAUGACUAUCUCGGCAUGGAAGCGAACCAUCAAUGCAUGAAGCAACAUAAAGUGGCUUACGACAGGGCCCUAACAGUAGCCAGAUUCAGGUCUCUGCCCUUCAGCUACUCAUUUUUAUCUCGAAAAGUGAACGGUAUGCAUUCUUUCUCGUAUUUUCCUGGCCUCCCUGGCAGCGAAAAAGUAACGGAGAAAGAGGAAGAUCAAAACAGUUUAAAGAAGAAGAAACUAAAAGAGGUUUCGCCAGGCGGGCGAGAAGCAAUUUUUGGCGAACUAGAUAUGGAUGAUUUUUACUCACAAGAAGACGAACUAAUUUAUUUUAUCAAUCCAGAAGAGUUAAAAAAUGUCGUGGCUUCCACCACGUCAGGUGCUGAGAACAGUAGAAAUGAAGAGGACAUUUCGUCUCGAUCAAACACCACGUAUACUUCGAGGUCGAAUACUGUGAAACCGUCCUCGCAUGUCGAAUCAGAAAAUGAGCUCUGAUGCCAUUGGCGACCCUCUGAAUUUGCCAUUUGUCAAUUUCCUUUCUUCAGGGAGUAAGGAUUUGUAAGCUUUUCUGAAAAUUUUGCCGUUUAACAGCACGAGAGAAAUAAAAUACUUUUCCUGAUCAAAAAAUUUUCGGAUUAUCUGGAUGAAAGUCAAAUUGGAAAGUAACAUAGAUUGUUGGACUUCCUUCAGAGGAACUCCUUUCUAGUUCUCCGUUCAGAACGAAAGGUCUAAAAUAUCCUUCUCCGUGUUGCCCCCUUAACCGUGGCCAAUUAUCUCCGGGGGGAUACUCCCAUAUAAAAAGAACAGGGGGGCUCGUCGUACCUUCUAGGGGUUAAAAAGGCAGCUUUGUUACUUCUUAGGGUGUUCAGCAUCAAACGGUCCACAGCAGGAGCUUUUGCGAUACC